GUCAGUAUGAUAAAAGAACUACAUUUUAUAGGAUAUCAAUACACAAGUGCUUAGGCGGUAGUACGUCAGAAUAGAUUGCUGAAAAUGUCGAAUAGAAAGUUGGCGGAAACCGAAUGAAUGGAGAGCAAAGUUGUUAUCAAGUGCUUCAAACUGUGAUAAUAUUCUGAUUACAUAUUGACUUAAUAUAUUUAUUGAUUCAGGGCAAAACAUUUACGAAUCAUAUACCGUCUUUAGAAUUUUACAAUGGCAAAACGGAUUGCAACGUCAGAGUUAAACCAUGAGAAUUGGAAUGAAGAGGACAAACCGGAAGAAGCAGGGACAUUCCGUAAAGCUACACCUGAUGUCAUACAACAUCGUGUAAUCAAAUCAGCCAAACGGAGAUCUGUUGGUACUCCAGAAGAUAAUGGAGCAACAGUAAGCCCAUUUGUUGCAUUUGGUGGCUUUAAACCAACUUCCACCAAUUCUGCUUCAGCCACAUCAGCAUUCAAUUUCUUAAAAAACAGUAACAAACCGAGUGAUACGUCAAAUGGUUCGGCCAGUAAAGAAGUGAAAACGGGCUCCACGAGUGAGACUUCUGACACUAAGUCUCCACAGUACUACUCAAAGCUGAAGAGUCUGAAUCAGUGCGUGUCACAUUGGAUAAAGUCACACGUCGACAGCAAUCCAUUCUGUAUCCUCACCCCAAUAUUUAGAGACUAUGAGCGUUUCCUGACAGAGAUUGAUCAGAAGGAGUCCAGUUGGCAUCGUGAGGAAAAAGAAGCAGCUUCAGUGCAAAGGGAAGUGAAGUCACUGGAGAAGUCUGCUCUGACAACAGCCACAGGAGGCUCCGUGACUCCGAGCAAUGCUGCCAAGCCUGCGGAUGAAGGUGCUGCCGAGAGCCGAAAGCCAAGUCCAUUCUCUACUACGGGUUGUGGGAGCAACAAGACAAUUUUCAAUUUUGGUUCCGGACCUUCCAGUCGUUCAAACUUGACAGCCGGUUUCACCUUUGGAAGUUCUCAACCAUUCACAUUCCAAUUUCUGACGAAUCCUGACAAGGAUGUCACACAUGAAGAAAACGCUGACGAUCAACCGCCUAAGGUAGAAUUCACGCCUGUAGUGGAGGAGGGUGCCAUCUACUCAAAGAGGUGCAAAGUGUUUGUGAAGAAAGAGGCGUCAUUUCAAGAGCGUGGUGUAGGGAUGCUGCACUUGAAACCAGUUGGGGAGAAGACACAGCUGAUUGUUCGGGCUGACACGAGUCUGGGAAAUCUGUUGGUCAAUACUCUCCUGACAGCUGGGUUGCCUAUUCAACGCAUGGGUACAAACAAUGUGAUGCUGGUUUGUGUCCCUAUGCCCGACACCAAGCCACCGCCCAUACCCAUUCUUCUCCGACUGAAGACUAGUGAUGAUGCGGAUGAAGUACAUGAUAAACUUAAAGAGCACAUCAAGUAAUCAUGCAUCCACUUCACAUAAAUGUGACAACUAGAAACAAUAAUCUCACGGUUAUCGCAUUUUGGACAGUUCGGUAAAUGCUGUCAGAUAAACUCGUGAAGAAUGUUUUUCUGGUACAUCAUCCUUUGUGUGAUGACUUUCAAGGUUACGUAGUUGCCAUAGACUGAAGAUAAUUAUCACUGUUACACCUCAUGUUAAUGUUGGUUUCACAUUCCCGUGUUUUUAAUUUCUCUGCUGAUGAGUGGUCCUGACUGCAAGUACAGUUGACUUUCCUUUGGGUACAUAAAAUUGUUUUAAGGUCCAAACUUUGCUUGCACAUUAAAGAGAAUGUUAAAUACAUUUAAUGUUUAGACCUUAAGCUAAAGGGAUGCCAGCAGUGAGAUUGGUGGAGAUGAAAGAUUUCUGAACACGAGGAAGUAAUGUUAUAGCAAACUGUGAAUGUUGAAGUGAUACAAUGUGUGUCAUCACAUUGUACCCAUCUGACAUCAAAUUCCAAGCAACACACGUAACCUUAAUCUUGCGCUAUGGUGAAAUCCCCUACCAGUUGUUGAGGAAGGAAACUAUUUUCUACAUAUUUGCCCAUAGUUUCUGUCGUACUUGUUUUCAUGUCACACUAAACGUGCAUGAUCUUUUUUAAAAUUUCUUCCAGAUGCUCUUUGUCCCAUGCAGUGGAUAUUUCAGGACAAACAGUUUCACCUUUUCAACAGAUUUUCAUUAGACUUAAUGAUGUGGGAGCUGGAAGUCCAUGUUAUACUGUAUUUUUUUGACAGACAAAACUGUCACUGUUCUUUAAUUCUGUUGCCCUGCCACAAUAUAUUGUCAUAUUCCAUAUGUAUUCAGAUAAAAUGUUUGUUUUUAUUUCAGAUA